GAAACCUAUUACACAACGGUAUUAACGCCUUUUACUCGUCAUAGGCAUGUUUAACUUCUCGCUGGCUGUGUAUCUGUUGCUCCUUUUGCACAUUGCUGGCACAUUUGCCAAACCCCCAGUGGUGGUCGGGUACUAUCCAACAUGGAAGCGCCAGGCUAUUGCUGCCGUUGACAUCAGCAAAUACACACACGUCAAUGUGGCAUUUGCUAUCCCCAAGGAAGACGGCUCGCUCACCUUUGAGGGCGACUGGUUCAUGGACAGCACUGUCAAGGAGCUCCACGGAAAGAACGUAAAAGUGCUGGUAUCGGUAGGUGGGUGGACCGGGUCGAACCACUUUUCUAACAUCCUGAAAUCCGACGACAAGUUCAACAGGCUAGUUGGCAGCAUGGCUUACUACGUAAAGAACUACAACCUUGACGGCAUUGACAUUGACUGGGAGUACCCGGGACGGAUUGGCAACGAGUGCAACGCAUACGACGCUACUAAUGACGCGCCAAACUUCCUCAGGUUCCUUCAAGCUCUUCGCACGCGCUUCAACAACGACUUUGGCUCGCGCACAAAGCUGAUCACACUGGCGGUGCGGGUACAGCCAUUUGAUGGCCCCAACGGCCCGCUCGCCGAUGUCUCCGAGUUUGCCAAGGUCGUCGACUAUGCGAACUUGAUGCAGUACGACCUCAAUGGGCCGUGGAAUCCUGAAACGGGACCCAAUGCUCCAUUUGAUUACCAGCAGGGAAAGUCGGCGCCAUUCUCCUUCACCACCGCCAUCGAUUCCUGGACCAACGCUGGAUGGCCUGCCAACCAGCUGAACGCCGGCCUUGGCUUUUACGGACGGUCGACAAAGGCCAUUGUUGAUAUGCGCCAGGAUCCCGACAACCAGUACCAGCCCCAAUUACACGAAGUACCACUAGGUGAUUCGGAGGAUGGUCCCUGGUAUGAUGCCUGUGCUGGAUCAACCUCAAAUUCAGGAACCUGGCAAUGGAGGCACCUGCGCGACCAGGGUGUCCUGGUAUCGCCUACCUCCUCCAACCCACAGUGGAUGCGCCAGUGGGACAAUACUACCAAAACGCCAUGGCUAUUCAACCCUCAGAGCAACAUCUACUUAUCAUACGACGACACAGAUAGCAUACGCAUCAAAUCUGACUAUGCUGCUGAACGUGGACUUGCGGGUGUCAUGGUGUGGUCAAUAAACAUGGACCACGAUGGAGAGCUUGUCAAAGCAGCACGGUCCUUUGGUGGUAACUCGGGCAAAAAUGAUCAACCACCUCUGGCACCCGCAUCCUCAGCACCAGCCUCUGGCUCUACUCCUAUUCAAGGCGAUAGGCCAGGUGGGACCAUCAGCACCUCAGCCGACCCAUCGCCAUCAUCCUCAGAGCCAUCUCCGCCGGCUUCUGGCAGCCAAUUGAUCCCAGGAAAUCCAUGCGGCAUGAAUGGCAGUUACCAGUGCAUUGAUGGUGGCGGCCGCAAUUCCGCGUAUGUUGUCUGCCACAAUGAAAAAUGGCUGGCUCGCUCGUGCGCACCCGGAACCGUCUGUCUGGAGCUUGGCCGGUCGAUCUUGUGCGGCUGGCCCGUAUUUGCGCGCAUAGUCGCCUCAGCAAACAAAUUUGCGCAUGGUCUCUCAAUUGCAUGAUCGAACCUAUGCUACAGCUAUAUAAAUCGUCAAUGCAUAUCCAAUAACCCGAAGCAAUAUCGAA